AAGUCGAAGCCAAGUUUCCCAACACAGAAUCCGCUCACCACACAGCUCAAAAACAAUGGCGGCCUCGUGCCACGACGUGGACCCGGUGCCGGGGAAGCCGACGGAGACGGGGACCUCCCUCCUCGAGACGGCGACGGGCGCCAUCCAGGGGUUCGCCCCGGUGAACCAGAUCCACCAGCACCUGUGCGCGUUCCACUUCUACGGGGACGACAUGACGCGGCAGGUGGAGGCGCACCACUUCUGCGCGCACCUCAACGAGGACGUGCGGCAGUGCCUCAUCUUCGACGGGCCCGACGCCGGCGCGCGGCUCAUCGGCCUGGAGUACAUCGUGACGGAGGAGCUCUUCCUCACCCUCCCCGACGACGAGAAGCCGCUGUGGCACACGCACGAGUUCGAGGUCAAGGGCGGCGUGCUCUUCAUGCCGGGCGUCCCCGGCGUCGUCGAGCGCCGGGACCUCGAGACGGUCGCCAAGACCUACGGCAAGACCGUCCACUUCUGGCAGGUCGACCGCGGCGACGCGCUCCCGCUCGGCCUCCCGCAGAUCAUGAUGGCGCUCACGCGGGAGGGACAGCUCCGGCAAAACCUCGCCGAGUGUGUGGAGAAGAAGUUCGGCGUGUCGUUCCAGAAAGAGAGGGAGAACCGGGCGUACAUGACCGGCCCGGCGCACGGCAUCCACCCGCUGGCCAACGCUGCUGGGAAGGGCUUGAAGACGAGUAUCCGCGAGGUUGAUCUCCCGGACCCGACGACUAGAGCCAGGGUCUUCACCUGAACUCCCCUUUGCGUCCCCUCGACGGUGUGGGAUAUGUCGCCGGAGAUAGGCUAAGCUAAUAAUGUACUAGCUCCCGUACCUUAGUUUCCAGAGAACAGAUCGAGCGUGAAAGUUGGAAUAACAUCGAACACUUCUUUUCCUGUA